AUGGGUAGCGUGGUGAUAAUAGCGAUAAGUCAGUGCGCGCGAGUCGGGCCCCGCCUGCCGACAUGUGCUGCUCAAAUGAGGAAGUGUUUAGUGAACUUAAGGAAUUGGAACAGAUGUCGGAGAUUACAAUUUUUUAGGCAAUUUGAAAGAAACAAUUCGGGGAUAUGUAGUGUACACAAUUGUCAAAUAAACGUUAUUAGUUCACAAAACAAAUGGCGGCAGUUCCACACAAGUGUUACGGCUCACAAGACGGUCGCUUUCAAUCUGUCCGACAUCGGUGAAGGCAUCAGAGAAGUGGUUAUUAAAGAAUGGUUCGUGAAAGUAGGUGAUAAAGUGCAACAGUUUGACAAUAUCUGUGAAGUGCAGAGUGAUAAAGCUGCAGUGACCAUCAGCAGUCGAUAUGACGGGGUCAUCACCAAACUUUAUCACGAAGUUGACCAAAUCGCGCUUGUUGGAAAACCACUAGUAGAUAUUGAAAUUGAAGGCUCUGCCGACGAAGAUACAGCACAGAGUAUAAAAUCAGAAGAAUCAAGUUCCAACCCUCCAAAGACAGAAACAAAACAAAGAGUUAAAGUAUUAACUACACCUGCAGUUAGAAGAAUCGCGUCACAAUUUCAAGUAGAUCUAAGUACAAUAAGGGCCACUGGAAAAAAUGGGAGGGUUAUGAAAGAAGAUGUGCUCUCGCACCUCAACAUAUCGGCGGAUAAGUCGAAUGAGGUUCCAGAUGUGACCUCCUCAUCAGUCCAAGCCGUCACCUACCCACUCACUUCUGCACACGUGAAAACUGAAAUGGUACUCGACGACAAAACAGUGCCAGUCACUGGUUUUACUAAAGUUAUGGUGAAAUCUAUGACAGAAGCAAUGAAAGUUCCACAUUUCGGUUUUAGCGAUGAGUACGACGUGACGAAGCUAGUAGAGUGCCGGCAAAUUUUGAAAACCAUAGCAGAGGAGCACGGCGUCAAACUUACCUACAUGCCCAUCAUUAUCAAGGCAGCGUCACUCAGCCUCACGGCCUUCCCGAUUCUUAACAGCAGCUUGGAUAGCACUUGUGAAAACCUAACGUACAAGGGCAGCCACAAUAUUGGUGUUGCUAUGGAUACGCCCAAUGGCUUAGUUGUGCCAACUAUUAAGAAUGUCCAAAAUAAAAGUAUAUUGGAAUUAGCACGCGAGCUGAACGCAUUGCAGGAGAAGGGCACAAAAGGUCAACUCGGUCUCAAUGACCUCACCGGUGGGACGUUUACAAUAUCGAAUGUUGGAAUAGUAGGGGGCACCUAUACAAAACCUGUAAUAUUACCACCACAAGUAGCAAUUGGUGCUUUAGGGAAGAUUCAGAUACUACCACGAUUUGACUCAUCGGGUAAUGUAGUGAAAGCUCACAUUCUGGCAGUAAGCUGGUCAGCUGACCACCGUGUUAUCGACGGUGUCACAAUGGCCCGCUUCUCCAAUUCUCUCAAGAAAUACCUAGAAAAUCCCUACACACUUAUACUAGAUCUUUGA